AUGAAAGGAUCCCCUGACCUGAUUCCUUCUGCAGACCUGGAUCCCAGCAGGGUGUGCAAAGGGAAAGGAGUGGUGACACUGAGGGCCACUCUCGUCCACUUUGAUGAGGAAGGCAACAGCAGUGAGGGGUCCGGCGCCCUUGGAACACCAAGUAUCUGCGCAAGCCAGAUGAAUGGAGGAUUGGCUGAGGGAGGUGGUAACGUCACAGCUGAAUUCAAUCCUGUAAACCACAGCCACUGCCAGGCCAAUUCACCAGAAAGUAUAAAAGAAAAUCAGGCUCCAGCUACAUGUGACAAAAACAAUUGUUUCCCAUCAUCCCCCAGCUCCAUCUAUCCAUGCACUAGCACAGUUAAUCCCACAAUAGUUUUGCUGCAACACAACAGAGAGCAGAAAAAGCAUCUUUCUCACUUGAAAGACCCCACCCCAGAAAGAGACAAAAGCCCUGAUCCUGGGAGAGACUUGGUCAGUUCACUUGCAGACAUGGAUGGCAAAAGGCAGCGACUGUCGCUGCACUCCCCCGUUCUCAGUCCACUCAACAGGCCCAUUGUACCAGUACGGACCACUGAAAAAUCCAAAGACUGGUACAAGACAAUGUUCAAGCAGAUUCAUAAGAUACCAGAGCCUAUUGAGGAAAACCCAUACCGCCCUACCUACAUAUUCCCUGAAAACUAUGACAUUCACGUGAAAUCAAAAGAGAAUGGUCCAAACCCCUUUAGCUACUUGGAAGAUGUAAAAGGUGUGCCAAGAUCUCAGAGUGAUGCAAAUGUUGGUUCAAGAGCGAGGUCAGUGCCAGUGCCAACACGGUCCUCAUCACUCAAGCCUUCUGCUAAGAGAAAUGAGUGGGAGCCCCCGGAUAAAAAGGUCGACACCAGGAAGUAUCGCGCCGAGCCCAAGAGCAUCUUUGAGUAUGAGCCGGGGAAAUCAUCGGUACUGAAACUGGAGAGAACGACUCAGGAUGUAUGUCUGGAAGAUGUAGAUUUAGAGAAUGAGCCAUGGUAUAAAUUCUUUUCAGAGAUGGAGUUUGACAAAGCGAGUGCCCCCUCCUUCAGCCCCCUGGAAACAGCCUCCGACCGGAAGAACUACACCUCAAGCAAGUCUGGACACAAUGAGGUGGAGAAAGAUGGAGGUUCAUCAGAAAAUGAGCCUGUGGCUCCAGAAUCUGACCGACAUGUUUACAAGACUGUUCUGGAAGGUGGCGAUAUUCCCUUACAAGGUCUACGAGCCCUAAAUAAGCGCCAUGGCAGCUCGUCCUCCUCUAAAGUGGAUUAUAAAGGUGGGAAUGGCUGUAUAGAUUCACCCUGCUCCUCUAAAAAUAGUCGAUCGGUUCUCACCGGUAAUGCAAUAGCUAACCAAUGUAAGAAUAAGAAGCCUCUUUCUGCUGCCAAAGCCUGCAUACCUCAAAUCCUGCCGUCCAAAUUCAAGCCCAAGUUGCUGCCGCCUGGUGGUGAAAUCCAAGAAAGCAGGACACAACCUGUGAAGCAACCAAAGGCACACAGCUGUGAGGACCUGUACACAAGUUCUGAUCAAGACCAAGUUGGGACAGAGAAAGAGUGCUGUCGGUAUUCAGGUUCCUUUGAAACUUCCCCUACAGUUAAGAGAAGCACGUCAGAGUUUUCUAGCCUGUACAGGAUCAUGCAUCACAUCCAGAGGCCCAGCUCAGUGGGUAGCAGCCCCCAAGGAAGCGUUCGUAAUUUGGCGUAUCUCUUCGAAGGGCCAAAGGCUGACAGGGGUGAAAAGUCAGAGGCCGACAUUCCACGGGACACUGUUUUGUCACGGGUCACCGAGUUUGAAAUGUUCAUUCAACAGUCCACUUUGACACCUAGUCGUUCCUCCUCCUUGCCUACGUUGAACUCCAACUCCAACCGCAGCCCAGAACACUGUGCCUCCCUCUGCCUGCCCUCUGCGGUGUCAGCUGAGAGUCUGUCAGUGGUCGACACAUCCCACACAGAUGCAUGUUCCCCUGCGGAGACAGGUGGAAAGGACAUAGCGGAAGCCUUGCCAUCAGGUGCUGAAACUGUACAGAAAGACGGAGACCAUUUUAGGGUGGAGUCAGCUUCUAGUACUGAUCCAGAAGUUGUGCAGAUCUUCAAGACGAGCUCCCCAGAUCACGUCCUCUGUCCUUCCACUUUGCCUCCAAUAUCUUUCCCACUUCACCACCACCAUCUACACCAUCUAAACCACCAUAACUUCCCCCUUAAACCUACAAAAUGCAAAGGCUCCUGUCCAGCUUCCUACACCCGCUUCACUACUAUUCUCCGGCAUGAAAGGCAGCAAGCCACAGUCCAUCGAGAGAAACCGCCAACAGAGAAAAAGACCAUGCUGCCUGGAAAUCUCUUGCUCAUGGGCCCCGCCCCUUUCAGAGUACGGAAGAACCUCCACUCCCAAAAGCCACGGAGGACACUUUCAGCCACCAAAGUGAUAACAGGCAUUCACUGCACAUCUCCAGAACCCAGACCUUCCAUACCUCUGCGUCUAUCCUCCCUGGAGGUCCUGGAGAGGCUGAGUAGCGGAGAUGCAGACAACUCUGAGCAGCUGAGUAAUGGACAGGGCUUGGACGCCAACGGGAACCUCCUGCAGCCGCUGGCAGCUCACCACAGAGACCCAUCCCCAGCACAUGGUGAAAGUCAGGAUGAAGUUCUGAGGAGGCGCCAUGGAGACAAAGAGAAAAUGUUGGAGGAGCAGCGGCGGCUUAAGCGGGAACAGGAAGAAGCUGACAUAGCGUCCAGGCGUCACACUGGCAUUGUCCCGACACAUCACCAGUUCAUCACCAAUGAGCGCUUUGGAGACCUGCUCAACAUUACAGAUAACACAGAGAAACGGAAAUCAGGCAUUGAGAGAACUCCAGCCAUGGCACGCUUUGAUUUCAGAGCGGAAACGCUGAAGGAGUUACCCUUUCAGAAGGGAGACAUCGUGUACAUCAUUAGACAGGUAGAUCAGAAUUGGUAUGAAGGGGAACAUCAUGGAAGAGUUGGGAUUUUCCCUCGAAGUUACGUUGAGCUCCUGCCCCCCACUCAGAAAGCACAGCCUAAGAAAAGUGUGCCAGUGCAGGUGCUGGAAUACGGAGAUGCUAUUGCUCGCUUUAACUUCGCGGGAGAUACGGUAGUGGAGAUGUCUUUCAGAAAGGGAGAAAGGAUUACGCUGAUUCGGAGAGUGGACGAAAACUGGUAUGAAGGCAAAAUCUCAGGCACAAACCGCCAAGGAAUCUUCCCUGUCACUUAUGUCGAAGUGCACAAACGGCCACGUGUGAAAAAUGGCUUGGAUUACCCGGACCCUCCACUUUCUUCCUCGCCACAGCGCAGCACUAAUGCUUCCCCUCAAUUGUAUCGUAAUCGGCUGACCACUUCACCGCUGCCCCUCCCUCGCUCCCCCUGCCGGUCUGUGUCCCCUGAGGUCCACGCUGUCUCCUCUGAGUGGAUCUCUCUGACCGUGGGCGGUGGAAGCCCACCCGCUGCCCCAACGCCCCCUUUGCCUCCUCUGCCCUCUGUGUCUUACCGGUGCGGCGAAUACCUGCCCCCUCCAUACUCUGCCAGCCCUGUGCCACCCAUCACCGGCAGCCCAUAUUGCAUCUCUCCCAUGACCUCGCCAUCUGCCUCUCCUCUACCCCCACCGUACCCACCCAGGCCCAACUCCGCAACUCCUUUCCUCACUUUCACUCCUCCUCAAGGGGAGAGUUUCCUGCUCUCACCACCAUCAUCACAUCUGUCACGUAGCAUUAGCCCUUGUGGUGGGCCAGUGUUGGAGGGUUGGCUGGAAGGUGCAGAGGGGAACGGGGGUUGUGCCGUCCCUGGGAACAGACAAAAUAGCCCCGCAGAGCUACCGCCAAAUGACGUUGAUCACCACGGACGGAAUUCCAGAAGCCCUGUAAUGCUGUUUGAUAUCCACGAUAACAACAACAUGAACUCAUUGGCAGAGGCAGUGUGUAAUGAGAUCUUGAAUAUAGCUGAGACCUCAGUGAGGUACUGCAGCAAGUUUUCCCACCACCCUCUCAACGCACUUCACAGACUGCACUCCCACCCCAGUAAACAAUCUCUCAUCAUUUCCCAGCAACCCCUGUCCCACAGCAGCAGCCCAGAGCCAAGCCGUCUCAACGGUGGAACCUUCCAAGCUCUGUACAGUUACGCGCCGCAGAACGAAGACGAGCUCGAGCUGCAAGAGGGAGAUCUCGUCAGCGUCAUGGAGAAAUGUGAUGACGGCUGGUUUGUUGGUACCUCCAAGAGGACAAAUCAGUUUGGGACUUUUCCUGGGAAUUACGUAAAGGAGGUGAAACUGUAA